UAUUUUUCAGAUCACUGUUUCUGCUUCUCCUUCAUCACCCCUAUUUGUACAAUUUUUUUUUCUUCUGAAAACCCAUUUAUAAAACUUAAUAAUCUGAAAUCCUGCAUUAAAUCAAAUUUGAAUUUGUGAGAUUGGAAGGAAAUGGGGUUCGCGGUAACAAGUUUAAUUUUUGUCGUGGUCGGAGUUAUUGCAUCCUUCGGUGCCGGAAUCUGCUGCAAUAGAGGACCUUCCACUAAUUUGUUACACCUGACAUUGAUUAUCACUGCUACAGUGUGCUGUUGGAUGAUGUGGGCGAUCGUGUACCUUGCACAGUUGAAACCGCUCAUUGUACCAAUCUUAAGUGAAGGAGAGUGAGGAUGCUGAUGGAAGAUUGAUGAAAGCAAUCUGAGGCAUGUAGCAGCUGAAGAUACUGUUGUAUCAGAAUUUCUGGCUACUUAUAUAUAGUAACAAAACAAUUUUGAGUCAUUUUUUAGAUUCCUAGUAUAAUGUUUUUCAGUUCGAAAUCCUUUCUCUUAGCUUUGGACUAAUGGCAAUAAGAAACGGUGGAUGAUGUAAUUGGUAGCUCUUACUCUCUGUUUGUUUUGGAAAUAAGCCUUUCUGUUUGAUGAAGAUAAAUUUUCUAAUUCUUGA